UGGUUACCGUAAACGAGGCGAAAGCCAACGCCCAGAGCCGAGACCCUCUCUUACUUACAAGGGCCAGAUUCUAUCUUUGUCCUAGAUUCUCUUCUGGGUCUCGACUACUACAAAACACUUGUGCGUUUCGCUCCCUACCUUUGUCCGCGAACUCAUAUAGAUUGAUACUUGCUCUCUCACGUCUCACCCUUGUCCACCAAACUCACUCGCUAUCUCUUGGUUUGUUCUAUAUGUCUUACUUUAUCUUCCCUUUCCUUCUUUCUUAUUUUCUUUUUGCAUAUGUGUUUGAUUACGUGCCUUUUCUUCUAAGCUUUUAUGGGGUUGUUUUAGUUUACGACGUUGUUUCAACUGCUAUUCACCUUCUCUGUGUGAUUGACCGAUUGUUUUGCUGGGUGCUUCACUUUCGUAGUGAUUUCCAGUUCUAUAUGUCGGUUUUUCCUGCGGUGGUUCUGGGUGUUGGUUGUUUUGGUUUUAUUUUUUCCUGUUUUCCUCCGUUUUUUCUUAGACACGAGGAUCUGGUGGUCAUGCUGGGAAUGUUGAUGACUGAUAAGAGUUAGUGGAUAUAGAUUUCGAUAUAAUUGUUAAAUUCAAUGAACCCUGUGUUGAAGUCUGGCACAAAUGACCUUGUCGAUCAUUUCCAAGCCAUCUUACUUGGGUUGGUAGUUCCUUGACGAAGAAGGCGUUGUGCUUUCCGAGCAGAAGACAGAAGCGCUCCUCAUUUCUCUACAUAUAUGAUUAAGAUCAUCUUAGAGAGUCUUCAUCGUUUGGUUCAGGGGAAGUAGUAUGGUUCUCAGUAUCUUUCAGUUUUGGUAAUGAGUUUUCAUGCAACUAAAGGCUUCCUAAUGAUAUUUUUGAUAAUUUCCUUUGCAAUUAAUAUCAGAAAAAUACUAGCUUGUACCGUUCACUUGACCAUGUAUGCAAAUAUGUGGAUCUCUUAGGUCUUGUAUAUUUUUUCUUCUAUUUGCUCUGGAUGAAUGUAAUGACGUUUAUAAGAUUAUCCUUCCCACUUAUGUCGCUCUUUACUAGUGGAAUGUUCCGUUUGAUCUUUGUUAAGUGAUACCUUUAUUUCUACUUCUGUUUGGUCACUUAAGCCAGAAUUUGGCUUGAAAUUCAUUAUGUGAGGUAUGCUCCUGGCUUUCCUUAAUGAAAAUUACUUUUUGAAGGAAGGAGUUUAUGUGGUGGAGCUUACGUUUGUGUGUGUGUGUUUUUUUUUCUUUUUUUUUUAAUUAACUGUUGUUGCAUAAGAUUUAUAGCUAGUAUAUGGUGCUGGGAUCGAUAUCCUCCACUAAAGAAACAUUUUAGCAGUAGUUAAAGUGGCUCCUCUGCCUUGGUUGGCCAAGACACCAUAGGAUUGCCAGCUUCAAAUGGCUGAGCAUAUACAUUAUAUGCCACUGGUUGGGAGGGCCUUUCUCCAUCAAACUUUAAUGAAGUCACUAUGUCAAUCUCAUGUGAUGGGCACCAAGGUGGACCAAGUCUUAAGCUUCUUCCAUUGGCUUGAUUUUGGAUUUCUUGGAAAAAUGUGUCAAAGAGUAAAAUAGUGAUGGCGGUAGCAGAAGCAAGAGCUGCAUGGCAGAGAGCAGCUAAUCGCUGCUUUGUCCAAGAAGAUGCCAAAAGAGCUCCGAAGUUAGCUUGCUGCCAAUCAUCAUCUUCAGCAUCUAAGCAGGUUGACACUGGACCUACCAAUAAUACAGAUGGGCAAUAUCAUCCUUUCUCUAUUUUUAUGCCUAAAAGGAAUCCUUCGUUUUCCAAUCUUCCCCCCGACACAAGAUGCUGGCUCCAAUUGCAACCAAGCAAUGCGAACCAAAAGGGCUUAACAUAUGAACAAUUGGUUGCAUUGGAGGCCAAAGUGGACACCUUAGGAGCUGGCACUGUAAAUUCAACAGCUAAGCUCGAUGAGGUCCGCCCUAAAAAAGGGGACAUUAUUAAUGACGAUAAUGAUAAGAACUGCAAGUCUUCUCUUGAUAGGCAAUAUGGUCUCUCUGCUGUUCGUAUGAACAAAGCUGUCGAAGCCAGAAAGGAAGAGGUAAAUGCUUCAUAUUGUAAGAAUGCUGAGUAUUGUGAACUAAUGGAAGUAAGGGGGAGAUACGAACACUUGGAUAUGGAUCCUGUUGGUUUUCCAGUUUCCAAGCAAGCCAAUGAGUGUAGCUUAAAUCCAGAAUCUCCAUGGAUUGGGGAUUAUAAGACAGGACCAUGGUGGCAAACAACAGAUAAAGAAGAAUUGGCCUUCUUGGUCGUGAAGAAGUCACUUAACCAUAUUGAGAAUUGUGAUCUCCCCCCACCUCAGAAAAUUUAUGUAGGGAAGCACCCAUAUGUUCAUAGUGGCUGCAUUGAUCAUAAUGAAGCAUUGCUGUCAUAUUCUGAUCGGAAGGCCAGAACUGGUAGCAUUUCCAAUAGGACUCAAGCACAGGGCUUUCCUGAUUCCGGGAAAGCAGAUGGAAAUGAGGUGGCUUCAUCUGAAGAAGGGUGUUCACAAUAUGGUUCUGACAAGUCAUUCAGCAGUUAUAGCACAAACCACAAAGAUAUCACGAAGGCAUUACAAGUUUCUGAAGGUGUCCAUGGAAAAGCUCUGCUGAUUGAAGCACUCUGCCAUUCUCAAACCCGUGCAAGGGAAGCUGAGAAGGCAGCAAAGCAGGCUUAUGCUGAGAAGGAGCAUAUUCUUAAGCUCUUCUUCAGACAAGCCUCACAACUUUUUGCCUAUAAGCAGUGGUUCCAACUGCUGCAGCUAGAAUCCCUUUACAUGCAGAUUAAAAAUACCGACCAAUCAAUUUCCACUCCCUUCCCUGUGGUCGUUCCAAAGAUGGCUUACAAAGGUUGGAAACAGCGAAAGAACUGGCAGAAGGCUACCAAGAGGAGAAGAGUCCAGCGAGGGCGACCACGACAUGAUGUCAAAAGGUGUGCUGCUGCUUUUGCUUUGGGAAUGAGUCUCGUUGGUGCUGGCUUGCUUCUGGGAUGGACUGUAGGAUGGAUGUUACCUCCUUUCUAGUGUACAGCGUUUCACCUGCGCCUUGUGAAGAUUGAUUCAUAAGGGUAAGCAACUGUUUUGAAUAUCUUUUAGACAUUUAUCUUUGUAAAGUUUUAAUUACAGAAGUGCUGAGAUAUGCGAAUAUGUUGGGGCGAAAAUAUUCUGAAUUUAACAUUUCAUCAAAAGAUUUUCUUUGACCCUCUGCAAGGUGGUUUCAAAAAUACCCCGUUGCAAUGAACUGUGAGGACGAGUUAACACUGAUGAGUUAGGAGAGAAACUUUGGAUUUA